AUGGCAAGGGCCGUGGCGCUUGCUGCUGGCGAUCUGGAGGAGCCCUUCCUCUCAAUGGCCGGCGGGCCGGGCCGGCCCCCGGCACGCCAGCAGUCGCCAGGGGGCGGGCGGCUCCCGGCCGCGCGUGCGCCUGGCGAGGCGCCUCCGCCGCAGAAGGCCCUGCGCCGCCCGCUGCACGACGCCGCGUGCAUGUUCGAGAGCGCCGUGGCGGAGCCGGGGUACAGCGGCGAGUGGGCUAGAGCGUGGAGCCGCGCCGAGAAGCUGCUGCGCUCGGGGGACUACGACCUGCUGCUGUACUCCAGCGAGGCCCUGCUUGCAGCGGCCGCCGCGGAGCCCUCCAGCGCCGACGCGCCGGCAGGAGAGGCCUCGCGCGCCGCCCGGACACCCCAGGCGCUGGCGCUGAGCGGCAUGCCGCGCGCGCUGGUGCGCAAGGUGCUCCUCCAGUGCUGCGCGUCGCUCAUGCCAGAGCUCAGGGAGGCCGAGAGGCUGCGGACCCAGGUGGCCCGCUCGGUGGAGUCGCAGCGCGAGUCCACCCGCUCCUACCUCGAGGAGCUGUCCAGGCUGAGGCACAGGCUGCGCGGGGACCUCGAGGGCGUGCCAGACGCAUCCUUUGCGAAAGAGGACAGCUACUUCUGGGACUGCCUCGCCAGUCUCCCAGAGGACCUCCGCGACGUGGCAGCGGCGGUGCUCGUCGAGAAGCUGAGGUGCUACGCGACGCAGAGCCAGGGGGCCACCCUCGCCGAGUUCAAGACCCUCGCGAGCCGCGCCCUCGAGCGCCUAGCCGGCCACCGCAGCGAGCGCGAGGAGCUGCGGCAGGCCGCCGAGGAGGAGCGGCAGCGCGCCGCGGACCUGGCGAAGCAGCUGGCGGCGCAGCACGCCAAGUUCGGCGACCUCGAGGCCAGGUACGAGGGCGAGCUCGUUGAGAAGGGCCGCUCCCUGCAGCUGCAGCGCGCCGCGGCGCUGCAGGCGCAGGCCGAGCAGGCCCGGGCGCUGCGCCUCGAGGCGGAGCUGGCGGAGCACAGGCAGCUGCAGGAGAGUUGCAGCAGCUGGCGGCGGAGCGGCAUAGGGAGGAGCUGCAGGAGGCGAGGUCCAGGCUGGCGGAGAGCGAGCACAGGCUGCUGCUGGCCGCACGGGAGCAGCAGGAGCUGGCGCAGCGCAGGAGGGAGCUGGUCGGCAGCGUGCUCUCGGACGCCCAGCCUUCGCAGACGAGCGUCAGCGACCUCGUGGUGCUCCACCUGCCGCGGGUCUGCAGCCAGCUGGCAGAGGCGCUGCAGGACGAGCGCCUCGGCGGCUGGCUGCUGGAGGCCGUGA